UUGAAUGUACAAGUGGCUUGGCAUAUGAUAACAAUAUAAUUUGUAGAAUAUAUUACUCAGAAUUUACUGAAUUCAGAUUUCAGUAACUCAAAAACUACUUAAAAAAGAGUAAUAAGUAAUAGGUGUUUUCGACUUCAAAGCUCUUCGAAAAAAUAACUCAUAGAUUCUGUAAGACCGGUCUUUAUUAUCUUAUAGAUUAAUAGUAAUCGAACACAAUUUCUUGAAAUCGGGAUAAUGAAGUUGUUGAUAAAACACUAAAUAUUUUGAGAAACCCAUUAAACAUUAACUAAAAUUGAGAAAAUUCAAAUCACCUAGAUUUUCUAAACAAUUUAUUUAAAUGCAUCGAUAUAAAACAAUGGAUAACCAGACUGACUUAUGUUCUAGAUACAUAAAAAUAUUUUUGGUAGUUGCUUGUUAUUGGGUUGUAUCUAUUGCCACAGUAUUUGUAAAUAAAAGUUUGCUCAGCGGACAAACAGUAGCAUUAGAAGCACCAUUGUUUAUAACAUGGUUUCAAUGUUUAGUAUCUUUUACCAUAUGUUUUUCAUUGAGUAGAACAGGUGGAAUACCUGGUAUAUUUAAAUUUCCUCAAGGAACACCAUGGAAUCUUGAAGUGGCUUGGAAGGUCAUACCACUGUCAAUAAUGUUUACGCUAAUGAUAGCAACAAACAAUUUAUGUCUUAAGUAUGUUGGUGUAUCCUUCUACUAUAUUGGCAGAUCUCUCACCACUGUCUUCAAUGUAAUAUUUAGCUGGGUGCUUUUGAGACAACAGACAUCGUUUAAAUGCAUUAUGUGCUGUGCCUUCAUAGUUUUAGGAUUUUAUGUGGGAGUAGAUCAGGAAGAACUAUUAGGAUCAUUUUCAUUAAUUGGAACAAUAUAUGGAGUAGUGGGAUCCUUGAUGUUGUCACUAUAUUCAAUUUUUACUAAGUCUGUCCUACCAAGCGUCAAUCAGGAAAUAUGGCUAUUAUCAUAUUAUAAUAAUGCAUACUCAAUUAUUUUGUUUCUGCCAUUAAUGGUGUUGAAUGGAGAAUUGAGUGUGCUGUGGAAUUAUUCAAACUACCACAGUACUGGUUUCUGGACGCAAAUGGUCAUUGGAGGUCUUUGUGGCUUUGCCAUUGGAUAUGUAACAUCAUUACAAAUUAAAGUGACGUCACCACUGACCCAUAAUAUCUCAGGUACAGCUAAAGCAUGUGCUCAAACUGUCAUGGCAACACAGUGGUACAGCGAAACUAAGAACUCAAUGUGGUGGUCGUCAAACAUUAUAGUUUUAGCAAGUACUGCCCUUUACGCCAGGUUUAAACAAUUGGAAAUGGAGGAGAACUCUAGAAAAAUUAUACCAGAAGAAAAGAGAAGUUUAGUAUAAAAACUGGUAUUAUUUUCUGUAUUUUAUUUUAAUGUAUAUUUCCUAUCUAAGUAUAUAAAUAUCAAACCAGUGUAAUUUAAUUAAUUUGCAUAUCAUAUGUAAUAUGUUUUUUGUAAUAUGAAAAAUAUUUGUGCAAUAUUAUUUUUUGUAUUAGAAACCAUUGUUCUGUAGGUUCCUCCUCUGUAGGAUCUCCCCUAUUUAUAAAUUUACUAUAAACCUCAUAUAGCUAUUGAAUAUUUGUAUCAUUUUGUGACAAUUUGAUUCUUUGAAUAAAUGAGGCCUUAGUACAUUUAUGAAGAUUUUUAAAAAAAAAAUAACAUUGCCAUAAAUAAAACAUAGACUAAAGAUGCUAAGUACCAUGGUUCCCACAAUUAAUAAAUACAUUUAUUAAUAAUAAGUAAAUUUAUUUGAUUAAAUUUUAUUGCAUUACAAUUACAAACCAGGCACUUUUUAUUAGAACAGUACUCUCCUGUACUAACCUAGGGAUUAUCAUUCUAAUAAUUGCCUACCCUAGUCUAAUAAAUUAAUAUGAAUAAAUACUGAUGGAAUAAAAUAAAAAAUCGUAAUGUAGAUGGAAGCUUUAGUCCUCUUUUAAUAUAUAAGGCAUAUCAUCGGAUAUUUUUUAAGCACUGGCACUGUAUCAGUUAUUUAUGAGUUAGCCAUUAUUUUUUAAUAUAUGUUUAAUUUUUUGUAAGGCCGCUCUAUAAAUUCCACUAAAAUUGUUCGUCUAAAUAAAAAUAUCUGUCUAUAUUAAUAUUAAAGUCGAAUGAACGGCCUAAAUUCAUAAAAUCAUGAAAAUUUAGUCAUGUUAACUAAUUAUUUUAAUUUAAGUGAAGCAUUUAUAAAUAGUAUUGGCCACUUGCCAUCCAAAGAGUGCUAUUGUAUUAAUUACAUUUUAUUAAAAUAUACUGUUUUAAUGAA